CCCUGUUUCCGGCUUGAGGGAUCCGUCGCGUUUCUGAGACGACGCCUCAGUCGGCAGUUUGCCACCGCGCAGGGAUCCGCUCGGAGCGGUGGGUCUCGGCCCCGGUGUCACCAUGGGGGCCGUCCUCGGGGUCUUCUCCCUCGCCAGCUGGGUCCCAUGCCUCUGUAGUGGUGCAUCAUGUCUUCUGUGCAGUUGCUGUCCCAUCACCAAGAAUUCCACUGUAACUCGGCUCAUCUAUGCUUUUAUUCUCAUCCUUGGCACUAUUGUGUCUUGCAUCAUGAUGACAGAAGGCGUACAAACUCAGCUGAAGAAGAUUCCUGGAUUCUGUGAAGGAGGAUUUCAAAUCAAGAUGGUUGAUGCAAAGGCAGAGAAAGAUUGUGACGUGCUGGUCGGUUUUAAAGCUGUAUAUCGGAUCAACUUUGCUGUGGCCAUCUUUUUCUUUGCCUUCUUUUUGCUCAUGUUAAACGUUAAAACAAGUAAAGAUCCCAGAGCAGCAGUACACAACGGGUUUUGGUUCUUCAAAAUAGCUGCCAUUAUUGGUAUCAUGGUUGGAUCUUUCUACAUUCCUGGGGGCCAUUUUACUGAAGUAUGGUUUGGUGCUGGAAUGUUGGGGGCCACUUUCUUCAUUUUCAUACAACUGGUGCUCUUGGUAGACAUGGCUCACUCUCGGAAUGAAUCAUGUGUAAAUCGAAUGGAGGAAGGAAACCCAAGGCUCUGGUAUGCUGUCUUGCUGUCCUUUACAAGCCUCUUUUACAUCCUCUCCAUCGUCUUUGCCGCUCUGCUCUACGUCUUCUACACCAAGCCUGACGACUGCACAGAAAACAAGGUCUUCAUCAGCCUCAACCUGAUUUUUUGUGUUGCAGUUUCUAUUGUGUCCAUCCUCCCUAAAGUUCAGGAAUAUCAGCCUCGCUCUGGCCUCCUGCAGUCCUCCAUCAUCACUCUGUACACUCUUUACCUCACGUGGUCGGCCAUGACCAAUGAACCUGAGCGGUCCUGCAACCCCUCCCUUAUGAGCAUCAUCACACACUUAACUUCACCAACUGUGUCUCCUGCAAAUUCAACUACUCUUGCUCCUACCUAUGUUCCACCGACACAGAAUGGACACUUUAUGAAUUUGAAUGAUAUUUGGGGACUGAUUAUCUUUGUUUUCUGCCUUUUAUAUUCUAGCAUGCGUACUUCGAGCAACAGCCAAGUCAGCAAGCUGACCCUCUCUGGGAGUGACAGUGUUAUCCUUGGUGAUACAACCAAUGGAGCCAAUGAUGAAGAGGAUGGACAGCCACGGCGGGCUGUAGACAACGAGAAGGAAGGGGUGCAGUAUAGCUACUCCUUUUUCCACUUGAUGCUCUGCUGUGCCUCCUUGUACAUCAUGAUGACCAUAACCAGCUGGUACAGUCCUGAUGCCAAAUUCCAGAAGGUAUCCAGCAAGUGGCUAGCUGUGUGGAUCAAAAUGGGCUCCAGCUGGGUGUGCCUCCUCCUUUACCUCUGGACUCUUGUGGCUCCCCUGGUCCUCACAGGUCGGGACUUCAGCUGAGCUCAGUGUGUCAAGGAUACUGAUAAAGCUGACCAGAGUCUCUUUUUCUGAAAAUGCAUAUCCAUUUUACGUUUCAUCAACUAGACUAUUAAGUGAACGCUUUGCAGAUUUGGCUGUAUUCAGGUUUAUAUCAAAAAGCAAGAUUGAAUAAUGCUUGAUGCAGAAUCUGAGCUUUCAUACAUAUAUAUAUAUAUAUACACACACACACACACACACACACACAUACAUACAUACAUACAUACAUACAUAUAUAUUAUGUUUAUUUGUAAGGCUAUAGCACAAAGGGAACAUUUUUGUGUUUUAACAUGAACUACAGCUGUGCUGUGAAGAGAAUUCUUUAUAAAGACCUGUAGAUUCCUACAGCUUUGGUUUAAGUUGUAAGUUAGAAGAUUGUUGGAUAUUUAAGGCUAUCUUUAAUAUAUUUCUAUUACAGUCUCCUUAAAAACCAAAAAGGAAUGCAUUAAUCCACAUUUCCAUUCUUCAGAGGUGUAGUGUUCUUGUUCUUGGCAAGGAAUCAUGUAUGUAGGUCUGUCCUCAGAAAUGCAGCUGCUCAUAAGGCUGAGAGAAGGCUAUUGAGUUCCUUUACUUUUUAUACUACACUGAUGCUGCUUGAAAAGUCUGUGGCUUUGUCAGAUGUCACCCCAGUAAAUGCUUUGUAGAUCUGAUUAAAAUGAAAAAGUUCACUUGAGAAACACUGCAGUGUAAUGUAAUGAUCUUUGUGAAAGUCAAAGGCAUGUCAGUUUAUUACAUUUGCAACAUAAAAGUCCUUAAUUAAAAUAGAUAUUUAGUUUCUUGUUUGUUUGUGUAUUUGUUUAGAAACCCAGACUUGCUUGGUACUCAGACCAUCCUGCCUUAGCAUCCAAGUACUGAGGAGUAGGUUUGUACCACCAUAGCUAGGUUCUUAAAGAUCCUUCCUUCUGUAAUGGGGUGAUAGGUUUUCUUUUAUUGUUUACUUGUUUGGAGAAUUCCAAAUCAAUCUGACAUUUCAGGCAAAAUGCUCCCCUUCUAACACUUAAGAUUUGACUAGUAAAGUUUGUUGUUGUUGUU